AUGAAGCUCCUCUCCGUCUUCGUCCUCGCCACGUCUGUCGCUGCAGCGUCCGCCGAUCACAAGUGCAAGCCCGCUACCUAUCGCUGCGAGAGUAGUCGGCAAGCCUGGGACGUGUGCAAUACCAGCGGCGACUGGGUUUUUGCGGGUCGCUGCCCGCCGGGAACCGUGUGCUUGUUCAACAAGCAAAACGGCUCGCCUUACUGCCUUCCGCGCCACAUCGUUCAAGGGGACGCCGACGGUCAAGAGAACGACGAGGUCCACGAGCAACUGUGA